GAGCGUUAUGAGGUAAGUGCGCAUGCGUUGAUGAUUUUGAUGGCGGCAGGGUAAACACGUUGCAGUUCUCUUUCCAUGGACAUGUAGACGAGUUUCCAGUCUGCGGAAAAUGAGAGCAGGCGCUGAGGAGGCAGAAUCUUCUGGGUACCAACGGGUCGUACUGAAGAACGCUUCGCCGCAUCACUACCUCAAAGUCCGCCUGGUGCUGGAGGAUGAGUCGGCCAGAGUGAGCGCUGUCGACCUGAAGACCUUCAUCACUUCCUGCCUGAGGAGUUUGUUCGGAGAGGUCGGAGCUGCGCUGAGUGUGGAUGUGCUGAAGUACGAUGAGGAGACGCUGACCGCUCUGCUGCGCGUUCCCAGCAGGGGUUUGGUGAAGCUGUGGAGCUCCCUCACUCUGCAGGGGUUCUACCAGAACCGGGCCUGCGCCUUCAGGGUUCUGCAGGUGUCUCCGUUCCUCCUGGCGCUGACCGGAAACAGCCGCGACCUGCAGCUGGACUGAAGCAGGAUGACGUCAGCCUGGACGCCGCUCUGCGUCAGGCUCCGCCCCUCCCG